CAGUCCAUGGUUGCAAUGGGUGUACCAGUCUUCAUACUCGCUGGGCUCCUUGUGCAUUGUGUGUUUUUGGUCUCCAUUUUUGACAUCUACUUCAGCUCUCCCCUGGUUCAUGGCAUGACUCCUCAACAGACUCCACUGCCACCUCCAGCAAAACGUCUUGUACUCUUUGUUGCUGAUGGUCUGCGGGCAGAUUUGCUGUAUGAACUGGACAGCGAUGAAACGCCCCAAGCACCUUUCCUGCGGGGUAUUCUAGAGAAUAAUGGCAGCUGGGGAAUCUCUCACACCCGGGUUCCAACAGAAUCCAGGCCAGGGCAUGUUGCACUUAUAGCUGGAUUUUAUGAAGAUGUCAGUGCAGUUGCUAAAGGAUGGAAGGAGAAUCCAGUGGAAUUUGACUCUGUGUUCAAUGAAAGUAAAUAUACUUGGAGCUGGGGAAGCCCAGAUAUUUUGCCAAUGUUUGCAAAAGGUGCUACUGGAGAUCAUGUUUAUACAUUUUGUUACUCAGCAGAAAGUGAAGACUUUGGAGCACAAGAUGCAGCCAAGCUAGACACGUGGGUUUUUGAUCAUGUUAAGGCCUUUUUGAAUUCUUCCAGAAGUAAUGAAACGUUGUUCUCUGCACUGAAUGAAGAGAAAGUGGUUCUGUUCCUGCAUUUGCUGGGCAUAGACACAAACGGACAUGCUCAUCGGCCAAACUCAAGGGAAUACAAGGAGAAUAUUAAAAAAGUUGAUGAAGGUGUAAAAGAAAUUGCUUCAGUGAUUGACCAUUUCUAUGGAAAUGAUGGGAAAACUGCAUUUAUUUUAACUUCUGACCAUGGAAUGACAGAUUGGGGAUCCCACGGAGCUGGUCACCCCUCAGAAACUUUAACACCACUGAUUGUUUGGGGUGCUGGUGUGAAUUAUCCACAGAGAGUCACAUCCCAGUUCUUUGAAGACAAUUUUUUGAAAGAAUGGAAACUAGAGAACUUGAAGAGGCUGGAUGUCAAUCAGGCUGAUAUUGCACCACUGAUGGCUUCCCUUAUUGGUGUGCCCUUCCCCCUGAAUUCAGUGGGAACUCUGCCUCUGGAAUAUCUGAACAAUAGUGCUCAUUUCAAAGCAGAGAGCAUGUUUACCAAUGCUGUUCAAGUUCUUGAGCAAUUUAAGGUUAAGAUGUAUCAGAAAAAGAAAACUACGCUGUCAUUUCUGUUCACACCAUUCAAACCACUUUCUGAUGCUGAACAGAUCAACUUUUUGAAGAAAAUCAGACUGUUUAUUCAGCAGCAGGAGUACGAUGAAGCGGUAUCUCUGUGCAAAGCUCUAAUUAAGCUUGCUUUGGAAGGCUUGUCUUAUUACCAUACUUACGAUAGAUUAUUCCUGGGUCUGAGUAUUACAUCAAGUUUUGUGGGCUGGACAACUUAUGUGAUUUUGAUGAUUAUCAAGAACCAUACCAGUUUGAUCAAGACUGUCCAGACUAGUAAUAAGAAAUCUACUCUUCUCUUCUACUGUUUUGCCUUUGUUGGAAUGAUAAUAGCUCUUUUCCUGUUGAUUCAAACAUGUCCUUGGACAUACUACAUAUACUGUCUCCUGCCAGUACCAGUGUGGUAUGCAGUUGUGAAAGAACUUCCUGUUAUUCAAGACCUUGCGACAAAUCUCCUGUCACUUCCUAUCAGUCAGUCUGUAGGAUUCCUCUUGGUUUGUGCACUAGGAAUUGAAAUACUGGUCUUCAGCUUUUUUUACCGCUCCACACUUAGUAUUGGUCUUGUUGUCUUUGCUAGCUGGCCAGUGAUCACUCAACUGUGGGUUCAAGCAAAGAGGACAGCAUUGGUCUGGAUUCUUCUCUGUGUGCUCCUGGCAGUAUUUCCCUUAAUGCCUGUUGUAGGAAGAGAACCAAACAUUUCUCUGGUAACAGCAGCUGGUUUAUUGACUCUUUUGAUCUCUUGCUUCUCACUGGCCUCUCUUUGUAGACGUGAAAAUAAGUAUAGGAAUACCAAAGAUCUGAAGCUACAUUUUUAUCAGAUGUUGAGUAUUGCACUUUCAACAUAUGUUGUGAGCAGUACCCAUGAGAGUCUUAAGAACAAACAAGGGUUGCCUUUAUUGAAUCAAAUCAUUAGCUGGAUGACUCUAGUUUCUUCCUCGCUGUUGCCAUUACUGAGCCCCACGUUUCUCUUUCAGCGACUCUUCAGCAUAUUGCUCUCCCUGAUGUCCACCUACCUGCUCCUCAGCACAGGGUAUGAAGCUCUGUUUCCACUGGUGCUGUCUGGUGUGAUGUUUGUGUGGAUAAAUAUGGAGCAAGAAGCACUGCAGCACUAUGGCCUUUCACUCAAACCAAAGCUUGCUGGUUUCAACUUUGCCUGUGCCACAGAUAUAACUCAGUUUCGCCUGCUUCACCUAGAUGAUAUCCGCAGGUCUUUCUUCUUUGUUUUCUUUUUAGUGACAGCCUUUUUUGGCACAGGAAACAUAGCUUCUGUUAAUAGUUUUGAUCCUGCUUCUGUCUAUUGUUUCUUGACUGUGUUCAGUCCCUUCAUGAUGGGAGGCUUGCUUGUGCUGAAGGUUGUAAUCCCAUUUGUUCUGGUAUCAUGUGCUUUUGAAGCUAUCCAAGUCACAACACAACUGUCUUCCAAGAGCCUUUUCCUCAUUGUUCUUGUGAUUUCAGACAUCAUGGCUUUGCAUUUUUUCUUUUUGGUUAAGGAUUAUGGGAGCUGGCUGGAUAUUGGAACAAGCAUUAGCCAUUAUGUGUUGGUGAUGUCAUUGGCCAUAUUUAUGAUGCUGAUGAAUGGACUAGCCCAGCUGCUGACUACACAGAGACUUGAACUUCCCAGAAGGAUUAAGCACCAUUCCAUGUGA